CUCGGCCAUGGGGGGACACAAGAGUAAACCCAAGGAUGUAGGCCAGCGAACCCGCAGCCUCGACGGCAACCUCAGCUCCGGGGGAGGGGCUGGCGGCCACCACCUCAACUCCAAUCAGCAGUCCUUAACCCCCAAUCGCAGCCCGACUGUGGAUGCAGGUCUCGGUGGGAAUCCGUCGAACAAAGCGGAGCUGGCCCUGUUUGGAGGUGUGGACAACAACAGUGUCACCUCCACCAACAGAAUCUCACUCACAGCGGGUGUGACAACCUUCGUGGCGUUGUAUGACUAUGAGUCCAGGACGGCCUCAGAUCUGUCUUUCAGGAAGGGGGAGCGUCUUCAAAUAGUCAACAACACGAGGAAGGUGAACUGCAGAGAAGGGGACUGGUGGCUGGCCCGCUCCCUGACCACCGGAGAGAGCGGUUACAUCCCCAGCAAUUAUGUGGCUCCAUCCGACUCCAUCCAGGCAGAAGAUCAUGUCAGACUGACUCUGGAGUCCAGGUGGUACUUUGGGAAAAUCACUCGUCGUGACUCAGAGAGGCUGCUGCUCAGUUUAGAGAACAGGAGAGGGACUUUCCUGGUACGAGAGAGCGAGACCACCAAAGGUGCCUACUGUCUGUCUGUGCUGGACUAUGACAACACCAAAGGGCUGAAUGUGAAGCACUACAAGAUCAGGAAGCUGGACAGCGGAGGCUUUUACAUCACAUCGCGCACACAGUUCAGCAACCUGCAGCAGCUCGUCAACCACUACCGCAAACACGCUGACGGCCUCUGUCACAAUCUGUCAGACAUCUGUCCCGUACUGAAGCCGCAGACUCAGGGCUUAGCCAAGGACGCCUGGGAGAUCCCCAGGGAGUCCCUCCGUCUGGACCUCAAGCUUGGACAGGGUUGCUUUGGAGAGGUUUGGAUGGGAACAUGGAACGGUACAACGCGAGUGGCGAUAAAGACCCUGAAGCCCGGCACGAUGUCCCCCGAAGCGUUCCUCCAGGAGGCUCAGGUCAUGAAGAAGCUGAGACACGAGAAGCUGGUUCAGCUCUACGCCGUGGUGUCCGAGGAGCCCAUCUACAUCGUCACAGAGUACAUGGGACAAGGUAGCUUACUGGACUUCCUGAAAGGGGACAUGGGUAAGAUGCUCCGCCUCCCCCAGCUGGUGGACAUGGCCUCACAGAUUGCUUCAGGGAUGGCGUACGUGGAGAGGAUGAACUACGUGCACCGAGACCUCAGAGCUGCUAACAUCCUGGUGGGAGAUAACCUGGUUUGCAAAGUGGCUGACUUCGGUCUGGCUCGGCUUAUUGAGGACAAUGAAUACACCGCCAGGCAAGGAGCCAAGUUUCCCAUCAAGUGGACGGCUCCAGAGGCCGCUCUGUACGGACGCUUCACCAUUAAAUCUGAUGUCUGGUCGUUCGGCGUCCUGCUGACUGAGCUGGCCACUAAAGGCAGAGUGCCGUAUCCAGGUAUGGUGAACAGGGAGGUGUUGGACCAGGUGGAGCGUGGCUACAGGAUGCCGUGCCCAGCCGAGUGCCCCGAGUCCAUGCACGAUCUGAUGCUGACCUGCUGGAGGAAAGAGCCCGAGGAGAGGCCCACCUUCGAGUACCUGCAGGGCUUCCUGGAGGAUUACUUCACCUCCACAGAGCCCCAGUACCAGCCGGGAGAGAACCUGUAACCCCCCCCCCCCGACUCGACUGUGGGAAACACACAUGCAUGUUGUCAGUGCAUGUGCAAAACUGAGCAUGUUGCAGUGCAUGUGUGUGUGUGUGUGUGUGUGUGUGCGUGCGUGCGUGCGUGCGUGCGUGCGUGCGUGCGUGCGUGCGUGAGGGUUUGUGUGUGUACAGUAAAGCCGACUGCAUUCUGGGUACAAUCAAUAACUCUCUGACAUUCACAAGUGUCAGCGGGACAUCAAACCAAUCAGCAACUUUCAAUCCUUCCACUCUCCAAAGUCACACCUCCCCCUCUGAGGGGCCGAUCAAUGUGGUAUUAUUAUUUUGACUUUAUCGUACUGUACUUUGUUAUUCUGUGCGUCAGACCAACUCCCGACACAGCCAAGCAGGUUUUUCUACCUUCCUCGUGUUAAAAAAGGCGCCCUUAAUUAUAUAUACACCCCCAUGCACUCAUACUGUGUUGUUCACCUGACUGUAUCCUGUAAUGUGCCAGCUUCAAUGCUGCAAAUAAAACGAGACUAUGACAUAAAGGACGGUGAAAUUUGGGAGAAUGAUUUUGGGACUUUAUUUUUUCCUGCAGGAUGUCUUCUUCUUUUUUUUUUUUUUCCUUUACGUUCUUUGGGAUACACACAUGCUCAGUCCGUCUUCCAUUUUUUUGCCACUUGAGACGAUUUUGGAUGCACACAAUGAUUUUCCAGAAAAUGUUGUGGUCGUCUCUUUUUUUUUUCUCUCUCUCUCUUUCCCUAAAACCUGGAUCAACUGGAAUAUUUUCAGGUGAGCUUAACCUUUUUUUAUAACCAUGCCUCCUCUUGUGCAACGUUAAGUCUUCUUUCCCCUGCUGUGAGCCCUUUUCUCUUUUUUUUUUUUGCGACUAACAUCAGAGUGUGUGUGUAGUCUUGCAGGCCCCAUUUGGAUUAAUCAGUUUUAUCGCUGUGACCAACAUACAGCUCGACACAAAGAAGAGAAGAGGCUGUCUCUCUAUUUUCUAUUCGUGACUUUUCCUACAAAAACAAAAGGCUACUGAUCACUAACGCUCCUCUCAGGAUUGGAGACGACUUCUGCUGCAAGGACUUUUGUGCCAAUACGAGAAUCUCUUUUUGUACUCUCUUCUUCUACUGCUGUGUAAAAGUGUAUUUUACUACUCUGGACUUUUCUUACAAUGCGUUUUUGUAAGCAGAGGUUCUUCUCCCACUGUUUUGAGAUCCUGCACCUGUGUGUACAGAACCAACUGGCUCACCAGCGCGGCUUCAAGAUGCUGAUUAUUUUCAAAGAUUUGAAUUAAAAUCAGGUGAAUCUCCCUUUUUUCUUUUUUCAGUUUCUUCUGUUUUAAUUAGUUGAGGUGUUUCUAUUUUUGGGGCACAAUCAGACACUGGAAAUGUUUCUGUUCUCAGUGAAGAUUAUACAUAAAUGAUGCUUAUGGUUAUGCCUUCCUCCAGCCAGUAGGGGGCAGAAACCCUUCCCAGAAAACUGCAUAUAUAGCAAUUAAAAUUGGCAUCUUGAAACGUAAUUGUAAAUAUCCUUCAUGCUUAUAUGUUAUUGUAUAUAUCAUGUUUAUAAUUUAUUCCUUUUGAAAAUAACCCAAGUGUUUAUUUUUCUUUCACCAUCGUCAUGCAAUCUUUAAUGUUUAUGGUACUUUUCAUGGGUUAAAUAACAUCCGACAAUGAUGAUCUCAAUGCAUAUUACAGAAACACUUUUAAACUACGAGUAUGUUUCUCUGUGCACGUAUUUCUGUGAAACUUAAACUUGGUUGUACAUUUUCAAAGUGAGUGACAGCACUGCUCCGUAUUCCCCCCUCCCCAUGAGUCACAUUCAUUUGGAGCCAGUCCUGUCGUGCCAGAUUCUGAUCAUCCACCAGCGUUACUCCUCCUCAUAAAUCAAUCAGAACCACAAAAUGUUUACAGCUUGAUAACAUUCAAAGCUCCUCAAUGCUGCUUCAGAGGCUUGGACAUAAGCAGGAAAUCAGUUAUCAAUCACAUGAUCAACAUGGUGUGCACUUCCAGCGUCUGUUUCAUAAAGCACGGCUGAUCGUGGUUAAGUAACUCUGUGCAGAAGACGAUUUGAGAGCGAUGAAUAGAAGACGUUUGACAUCUGUGGAGCAUCGAUGUCCUGUGGACAUGGGUUACUCCACGAUGAAUGCAUUCACCUGUGUGGUUGUACUUUGGUUGUCUGGCAUUGUCUCGUCUCAUUUGAGCAAAAAAUAAGAAAAAGUUGCACAAAAAAGGUCAAAGUGUGUGUAUGCAGCCUUGCUUAAAAGCAGAGGACAUUUCUUCUGGGGAUACUUUGGGUCUUCUUUCUGGCUAUGCAUAUAUUUUUUCAAAUCUGUGAUAUUCAUACAGUAUAUUUACUCUUUUCUACUGUAUUCAAUGGGACUUUUCAUAUAAAUUACUCUUUGUAAAAUCCUACUGAAUAUUGUUUGAAAGUGCAUUUGAAUAAAAUUUGUAUAUUGCCAUG